AUGAAAUCAAAUAAGACUUAAGAAUAACAGAAAGCUAAAGAAGUUUAAUAGAAAUAGAGUGCAUUAAGAUCUCAAACAACUAAGAAAGUUGAUAAAAUUAAUUAAAAGCCAAAUUUUAUCAUAAAUGAUUAGCCAUAAAAUAUUAAUGCUGAUAAUGAUGAAUCGAGAAAUCAAUUAGAAUAUAUCUAGCAAGCUAGAGAUCUCUUAUCAAGAUCAAAGGAAAAUAUUUGUUAACAAUAGGAUUAAAAAAAGAUUUUUGAGUUUAUUAUAGAAUCAGAUAAAAGGCUGAAAGGUCAAAUAUAAAAAGAUACCAUAAAAACUACUAAAAAGCUUUUAAAAGAAUAAAAUUAAGUACUAAAUUCAGAGGGGAUAACUUCCAAUGGUAUUAAUGAUAAAACUAUGUAGAAAGGCUUGAAAGAUGCAUUGAUUAAUAUGAUUAUUUAAGAGAAGUUUUUAAGUAAAUAAGAGCUUCAAGAAUAACUGAGUUUAUUGAAUAAAGAUGAAACUAAGCAUAAAGCCAAGAAGUCUAAGAGUCCAUCUCCAAGCAGUAAAACUCUUGAUAAUAAAAAAUUAGAAACUAUUAAAAAGGUUGACAAGGAGAUUUAAAUAUAAAUUCUGCCUUCAAAACCAGUUAGUGGAGAAAAAACAUAAAUAGAGAAAAAGAUAUCCAAUCAGGAUCUGACUGCCAAUAUGGAUGUUAAGCUUCUGAAUCAAGACUUAAGUUUUGGAUAACUAAAUAAUCAAUCGUCAUCAAGUAUUCAACAAUUUCAAAGUAAUGAACUUGAGAAUACUUUGUAUAAAAAGCUAUUGACUACCGCAGAAAUCAAAUAUCAAGCAAAACUGAAGCAAAAGUAUCUUGAAAAAACCUAGGCUACCUAUACAGAAAAUUAGCCAGAGUACUAUAACAAACAUUCCCUCGAGUAAAUUCAAGAACUAAUUAGCUAAAAAAAUAAAGAAUUAAAGACUUUAAACAUAACAAAGAGAAGAUUACAAAGAAAUAAAAUGAUGACUGAUCGAUAAAAGGAUAAAUUUUUAAUACCAAUGGAGAAAGAUAUUACAAAGUCAACAAAGAGAGUGGCUCUACUUGAAGAAGUAAGAGAAACCAAGGUUCCAUUUUAUGAGAAAUUACCAAAAGAGACUAGGGAAUAUGAGCACUUUUAGAAUCUUAAAAGAACUAAUGAUAUUAAAAGUAUUAUGAUUGCCCAAAUAUAUUAGUAGAGAAUGCUUUUGAAUUAAGAUUAGGAUAUUCAACAAUGA